AUGUUGAACUGGAUCCGAAAACUUAAAAAGAAAGAGGUCAUCAAUAAAGAAGAUCAUGAUGUACUUGAAAAAUGUCAUCAACGCUAUUUAAAAAAAGAAUAUCAUUCAGAAGCAUUGCAUUUAUUUGCUAAAAAUGCUCAGAUCGAUGCGCAUAAUGAGGAAUUGAUUGAAAAAAUAUGUACCGAUAUUCGAACAUUUUAUGAAGUUCGUGGCAAUGAUAAAGAAAUAAGACCGAACGAAUCUAAAAAUACAAGAAAAAUAAAUAAGCCACUACCACUUGCUAAAAUGCUCGAGUAA